AAAUUAGAAUUAAAUUUUGCUAAUUAUAACCUUCAACGACAUCGUUUAAUAACGUGCUUGACAAGGAGGAUAAAAGAAACCCUCUGAGCGAUCCAGAGGGUUACAUAAGACUUCUUCUAGUUCUAGCCGUCGUCAAAUUGUAUUUCUCGAUUUGCCCGAGAACCCGGAAUCCAACUCUCAGCUGCUUCCCUCCGUGUCCCAUGGCGAACCCGACCGAAAACCUCGACCCGAAUCCACCAACCCGAGAACCAGAAGACGAACUAGAAGAACUGAACGGAGACGAAGGAGAACUAGAAGAAGAGGAGGAAGACGAAGAGGAUACAGUAUCCAACGCGUACAGAACCAAGACGGAAUCGCUCUUCCGUCGCAUGAGAUCCGCUCCUGUGCCUGUGCGCGUUCACGACGUGAUCGUGAAAGGAAACAGCAAGACCAAGGACCACAUCAUCGAGGCGGAAGUGGAAGCUGUGAUCAGGGAAGCGAACACGUUGCAGGAGCUUCUAGAAGCCUCUAGGGUUGCCAAUUCGAAUCUCCGAGCGCUCGAUAUCUUCGAUUCCGUCAACAUUACGCUCGAUUCCGGUCCUCCUGAGCUUCCCGGUACAACCAAUGUGGUUAUCGAAGUCGUCGAGAGCAAACACCCUCUCACCGGCCAAAUCGGCGCCUACACUAGAGCUGAGGCUAAGUCAUCAAGCGUUGAAGCAUCUUUGAAGUACAAGAACUUUUUCGGGUAUGGAGAUAUAUGGGACGGGUCUAUGGUCUAUGGACUCGACAGCUCUGCUGAGGUUGGCUUGGGGAUGUAUCUCCCUAGGCUCAAAGGACUCCCUACUCCUUUUAGCUCUCGUCUUUACCUCUCGACGCAAGACUGGCUUAAGUUUUCUUCUUAUAAAGAAAGGUCUCUCGGACUUUCUCUCGGUCUUCUCUCUAGCAAGUAUCACGAGCUUGUCUACACUGUCGCGUGGCGUAGCCUCAUAGACCCGUCUCGGUUGGCUUCAGAGUCAAUAAGGAGGCAGCUGGGACAUAGUCUGCUUUCUGCGUUGAAGUAUACUUUUAAGUAUGACCAGAGAGACUCUUACCUGAGGCCGACGAGUGGGUACGCUUUCAGUUCUACUUCUCAGAUCGGUGGUCUUGCCCCUGAUAGCAGAAGCCUACGGUUUUUCAAGCAGGAGAUUGAUCUUCGGUGUGCUGUUCCUUUAGGGUUUUACCGAGCUGCUCUAAACUUUGGUGUGUCUGGUGGUGUCUCGUUUCCGUGGGGAAGCGGAUACAGGAACCGCGCUUCCUCUGUGCCGGAGAGGUUCUUCUUGGGUGGGAACUCAUCGCCUGUGUGCUCUUUGAGUGGGCCAUCGGCGCUGUGGGGGUUCAGUACCAGAGGACUCGGUCCCAACGAGGCGAGGAGGAAGGGUGAUGUUGAAAGAGAUUUUGUUGGAGGAGACGCUGCGGUGACUGCGUUUGCGGAUCUCUCAUUUGAUUUGCCGGUGAGGUGGUUGAGAGAGAGAGGAGUACACGGUCAUGUGUUUGCUUGUGCGGGGAAUACGGCAAAGCUAACGGAGAAUGAGUUUAGAAACUUGAGUGCUCCAAAGUUCAUGGAGACGUUUAGAACUUCAGUUGGUGCUGGGAUUGUCUUACCAGUUAGUCUUUUCCGUAUGGAGAUUAACUACUGCCAUAUAGUGAAGAAACAAGAACAUGAUCGAGCAAAAUCUGGUUUUUUCCUGACAUUCUCGGCCUGAGGAAUUUAUAGUUGGAAGAAAGCUAUCAUCAGCCUUGCCGCAAUUUCUGGCAGAAUCUUCAGUUUCAGGCAGUUUGAUUAUUAUCUUAUCUGAUAAAUUUUAGAAAAGAGUUGAUUCUUUUGCCAUGUUUGCCUCACGAGGAAUGGAUUAUCAAGUUUCUUUAAAAAAACUCAAGUUUCUUUGUACUCAUUUACAUAGGUUAAAAGAUUUCAAGUUCCUUUGGUUUUGUAAAAUUGCUAUUCUUAUUUACAAAGGUUGAAAUUUUUGAA